GCCUGAUUACGUGCUACGGCGCACACUGUGUUCCACGCUCACGUGUUUUUUCGUGUUUUUGUGGUUACUAGCCCUCGGAUAAGCAUUAUUUUCGUGAUAUGUGGUCCUUUUAUACUAGAUAAAUUAUUAUCAGAGUGUGGUACAGUGCAAAUGAUAGUGCAAAAUAUGGAUAUCUGCCUGAAUGUGUCGAGUGGGACGUCUGAUGCUGUAUCUUCAAAAGGCUCCAGUAAGAAAAGUCAUUUUUUCAAGCCUCAUAUUAAACGACUCAAUAAAAAGAAAUUGACGGAUAAAAAUUCCUAUUCAAAGAGCACAGUUGAUGACAAUCAAUCGAAAAAUGUAAAUUCACAAAAAAGAGUGAAACAAAAGUCAUUAGCACUAAUUGUUGCGCAAAAUCGGAGUCGAUUGAGUCAAUCGGCUAGUUCACAUGUUGUCAAACAAGUUGACAAGGUUAGAAACCAAGAAAGUCAUGUGGAAAAUAUAACUAAACCGUCGCAAUCAACAAUACCAACAAUUAAAUUUUCCAAGCCAUCGGAGACUGGUUUGAAAACAAUUUUAGCUAAACCUAAACGAGGGAACCAUUCGGAUAGAACAUUAGCUGAUAUUUUUUCAAAGCCAAAUGACGAUCAGACCAGGAAGAAAGGGGAGGAUAAUGCCACUGAAUUGCUGACUGAUAUUAUUAACAAGAAGGACAGCAGUCUCGAUGACACUCAAUUACCUUUGUAUAAAUCAGAAGAAAAAAAUGUCUUCCAGCGAAAGGGUAACAAAAGACAGAAUGAGUUUAGUAAAGAGAAAAAUAUACCAGAGGACAAGGGAGAGAGGAAAUUCAAUAAUUUUGGAAAAGUGUCUUCGCUGUUUGGCAAUAAUCCAGAUGUACCUACCAUCGGACAGAGGUUGGUUAAACCUGUUCAGGAGACUGUCUUUAGUAAAACCAAAUUCAAUGAUCUCGAGGUUCAUCCAUUCAUGGUCGCGAACUUGAAGCAAAAUAUGAAUAUUAGCAACAUGACGACAGUCCAGCAAAAAGCUAUUCCCCAGAUAUUGUCAGGACGUGAUAUUUUAGUCAGAUCACAAACAGGUUCUGGUAAAACUCUGGCUUAUGCCCUUCCAAUUGUUGAGUCGUUACAUAAAAUUAGACCGAAGCUGAUGAGAAACAGUGGAAUAAAGGCGUUAGUCGUGGUACCUACUCGGGAAUUGGCACUGCAGACUUAUGAGUGUUUUUUGAAGCUCAUUAAGCCUUUUACAUGGAUCGUACCAGGCUACUUGGUCGGCGGAGAAAAACGAAAAGCUGAGAAGGCUAGAUUGAGACGUGGUUGCACAAUAUUAGUUGCAACGCCUGGCAGAUUAUUAGAUCAUAUCAAGCACACGGAAGCCUUGAAACUCACCAAUGUCAAGUAUUUCAUUUUGGAUGAGGCUGAUCGAAUGCUUGAUAUGGGAUAUGAGAAAGAUAUAUCUGGUAUCGUUUCUGCGUUAAAAGUAACGCAACCCGAUAGUCAAUCUUCCGAUUAUGAUCCUAUGAGCAUGUUACGACAAAACCGAAAAAUCAUUUUCAAUGACGAGGAUAACGAUGAAGAGAAGGCCCGAAAAGAGGACGAAAAUGUUACAAAUGAAAAUGCGAUGGAGAUUGAAGAGCCGAGGAGAGAAUAUCAUUCUGGUACAGAUAGUGAAGAGGAAACCGAACACUUUUCCUCAGUGAAAAAAAAAAUUGUAGAAGUAGUGAAUAAAACGGAUAUAUCCAGAGAAAAUCCUAGUAAGGAAGGCUCCUCGUCUGGAAGACAAACGAUUUUACUGUCGGCAACAUUAACAAAUGCAUUGGAAAAACUAGCUGGUCUUACUAUGACUGAUCCUGUCUUCAUCGACGCAGCUGAAGAGAACUUGCGUAAAGUCGGUGGCAGUUUAACCGACAUAAAUGAGGAUCUUGUGGUGCCUCAGAGCGUUACACAAAGUUAUGUUGUCACUCCACCAAAAUUACGAAUGAUAACACUUUGUGCAUACAUCGCGGGAAGAUGUCAGACACCAGGGCAGCACAAAAUUCUAGUCUUUAUGGCAACUCAAGACAUGAUUGAUUUUUAUGCUGAAAUAUUUCCUCUGGUAUUACGAAAAUCAACAGAUGAUGAGGAUGAUGAUUCCGAGGCUCUAGUUGAUGUUGAAUUUUUCAAACUGCAUGGGAGCAUGUCACAAAAAGAGCGGACUGAGAUAUUUAAGACUUUCAGACAGGCUCGCAGUGGUGUGUUACUCUGUACAGACGUUGCUGCACGCGGUUUGGAUAUGCCAAAAGUCGAUACAGUGGUCCAAUACACUGGCCCACUGUCAGCUAGAGACUAUGUCCACAGAAUUGGUAGAACAGCGCGUGCUGGUACCUCAGGAACAGCAGUGAUAUUCCUGACACCACCAGAAAUUGAAUUUGUGAGGGCUCUGGAGUCUCGGAGGAUACGAAUCAAGCAGGAGGACAUGAAGGACGUACUGGAAAAAUUAUUGGGCCCUUUCUCGAGACAUUUAUCGGUGGAAGCCAUUGCCACUGAUCUACAGAAUAAGUUUGAAAAUCUAGUGAUAGAGGAUAAAAAGGUUCACAGUAUGGCGUGCAAAGCGUAUGUCUCGUGGAUGCGUUUUUACUCGAGUUAUCCCCGCGAAAUGAGGGAAAUAUUCAAUCGUAAAGAUCUUCAUCUCGGUCAUUAUGCAAAGAGUUUUGCCCUCCGAGAUCCACCAAAAAGAAUCGGUGGUAUUGGCAAAACCCUGCUUGAGAACAAUCCCUCAAAGGCUACUCACAAUAACAGACUGUCCAAUGAACGUCCUGAAAAGGCGAAGAAGCAACAGUCAGGACAGCCGAGUGGUCAUAAACCCGGUAUGCUGAAGAGAUCCAGAAUACUCAAUGUUUCUGAGUAUGGAGACGGUUUAGAACCUAUUAAAAAAAUUAAAAAAGUGAAGAAGUAAAGGAGUAACAUUCAAGUGAAUCAUUGUUUUUAAAUAUCUCAUUUUAUACAGCCGUGUGUGAAUGAGAAAUGGGAGAGAAGGCAUUGAAUAAAGAUGAUGUAUGAUGCAGA